CCAUCCAGCUUGAGUUUCCAUAACGUAACGUAUUUUCCCCUCGUUUUUAUUUUCCAUCCGGGGAUUUGUAUUGUGAGGAUCUAUAACUAUCUAUAACAACUAUUGUGGUGUCGUUUAGUCGGGACAGUCGAGAGCCACAGAAAACAACAGUCUCAUCAUCGUCAUAUAGAGAGAGCUUUUGCUCAGCAGGUAUUGGAGAAAUGCAGAUCAAGGUAGAAGAGAACGGGAAAACCUCCAUCUCGAGCUGCAACAACGACGGCAGCAGCAGCAGCUCCGAAUCCGAUUCAGUGCACCACCCACUCCUCGAAACACAAGAGCCCUGCGACGAGGAUGCGGCAACCAAGACUCCGGUCCAGAGAGCCAUAGCUCAGACGUUCCAGAGCACGGCUCAUUUAGCCAACAUUCUCCCGACAGGGACGGUGCUCGCGUUCCAGCUGCUCUCCCCCAUAUUCUCCAACCAAGGCAGCUGCGACCCGGUCACGAGGUCCAUGACGGCGGGGCUCGUGGGGAUCUGCGGCUUGUCCUGCAUUCUGUCCAGCUUCACGGAUAGCUUCAGGGACAAGGAUGGGAAGGUGUGCUAUGGGUUCGCCACGGUGAACGGGUUGUGGGUUAUCGACGGAUCGUCGAGCCUCCCUCCUGAUGCUGCGGCGAAGUAUAAGCUCAAGUUUAUAGAUUUCGUGCACGGGGUGAUGUCGUUGCUCGUGUUUGCUGCGACUGCUCUGUUUGAUGACAAUGUGGUGGGUUGCUUUUACCCGGAGCCGUCGAAGGAGUGCCUGGAGGUGCUCACUGCGCUGCCCGUUGGGUUUGGGGUGGUCUGUAGUAUGUUGUUUGUUGUGUUUCCGACGGCCCGCCAUGGAAUUGGGUUCCCUCUCUCCGCAAACUGAGAAACUGUGGCAUGGCUGUAUAACCUGUGAAAAAUGAUGAGAUAACUUUGUUUCGUAAAUUCAUUCAUGUAUGUUAUGUAUAAAAAAUCAAUGAAUCAACCGCAGUUUGUUAGCUCUCGAGCAGAGAGAAAGCAAGUUCCACGCUUUCUCCAUUUCGAGUUAACUACAGUUUUUACGUAAGCAGAAAGUAACAGUAGCAUGCUUUGAGAAACGAUUCCAUGCAAGGGAAGGGAUGAUGCCAAACUUGACGUGUAACAGAGAACUCGUUUUUCUAACAAACCUGCCUAACUUUUACACUAACCAGCACUUGCGAUGUCACGGGAUUAUAAGCUGGACAAAAUGAAUUCAUACCUCGACCAUGGAAAGUUGCCAAAUGGCAUCUUCAACUUCAAUGAGAAAUAUGAACAAAACGAAGUAUCAGCCUUCCACAGGGAUAUCACCAUGAGUAGCAGCAAGGAUGGGCGAAUCAAGCACCCCUCGCAUUUUCUUUUCUUCGCUGUCAAAAAUCAAUUCGUCUUAGUAAG